CCCAUUAUUAUGUGUAGUUUCGUUUGAGAGCAAAUUAGGCUGUCUAAACAAAAUUUUCCACACAUUGCUCUCUCUCUCUCUUCUUCUUCAAUCUGAACCUCAAAAACCUUUACAUAACAACGAAAACCUUUACAUAACAACGAAAACCCAACAAUGUCACGAAACUCAACGCGAUUCAUCAAACUCAUCCGCACACUCUCCACCGAAGCAUCCCCAAUCUCCAAACCCGAACGUAUCGCCAACGAGCUUCUCACCCUCAACAGAUUCGAACGCCAUGAUUUCACAAUCCUCUGGCGUCUCAAAAUGGGUCUAGACCGUUACGGUUCACCCGUCGCCGCUCCCGGUCCACUCGGCCCAACCUCAUCCGGACCCACCAGUGGAACCACAACCGCCGCUGCUGAAGAGAAGACUGCAUUUGAUAUUAAGCUUGAGAAAUACGAUGCUGCGGCGAAGAUUAAGAUAAUUAAAGAGGUUAGGUCUUUUACUGAUUUAGGGUUGAAGGAUGCUAAGGAUUUGGUUGAGAAAGCUCCUUGUGUUUUGAAGAAAGGAGUUACUAAGGAAGAAGGUGGUUCUAUUAUUGAUAAGCUUAAGGAAUUGGGUGCAACUGUUGUUCUUGAAUGAUUUUUGGUUAAUUGUAGAAUUAGUUGUUAUUUGGGAUUAUUGUUUUAUUAGAAAAGGUGCAAUUUUUAUUUCAUGGAAUUGUGUCUGCUAGAUGUUUGAUGAAAUGUGCAAGAGUUGUUGCAGUUAUUAUAUGUCCUGUUUGGAUAAACAACUUAUUUUGCAGCUUAUAUCAUAUAAGUUUUUAUGCAUAA